CAGUCCGGCGUCUAGUCAGAUAGUAUUGUGCCGUUGGCUCGUGUCCCGUGUACUAGUGGUCCGAUCCUGGCACACAGGACUCAUUUACACUCUGUUGUCAAUCCUUAAUUAUGUGUCAAUUCAUUUUUUAUUGAUAGGAUAACAGUAAUUGUUUAAUUUUAAAUUCGCAUAUUUUUACCAGGACUAAGUUUUCAGUGUUCAGUUUGUCAAGGAUUUAUUCUUAAUUGUCCAGUGAUUUUACCAUCAUGCCAUAAUAAUAUUAAUGGUUUUUUAACAAAUAAAUCAGGAAAAUAAUUUACAAAAUUUGUUGUUAAAUCUUUGGUUAAAUUCGUUGAAAAAUAUUAAAAUUUACAAAGUGAAAUUAAAGUGCUAAAUUGUGCUUGGAUUUUACAAACAUGGAGUUAUUAUUUAUUGUUUAAAAAUAAUAAUAGUAAUAAUAAUGAUUGUUGAUUUUUAUUCGAACCAAAAAGAUAAAUAAUUCUUCAAUUGAACAAUUGAAGUUUUUUAGUGGAACGAAGCACGUGGUCUAGUCUGUAAAAGUGACAUCUGUUCUAAGUGCGAAAUGCGGGUGAAGAUGUGAAUUUUUUCUACGUACCGUCGGACGGAACUGGAAAGUACAAUCGAUGGAGACCAGGAUAUAAUUUUUCGAAAAUUUAUCGUUUAUAAUUGAGUAGAACUGACGAGUGGUUGAGAAAUUAAAUGUUGGGAAAAGAAAAUCCCUUGAAAAUCGUUUGAUCAGAAGUGAGUCGAUAGAUGCGAAAGAUUUUUGCCGGUUAAGAUAAAGGUUGUCAAGUUGGUGCCGAAUAUGGUCCUGGAACCAGGAGGUGGCCUGUCGUUUCCACCGCCUCCUGGUGGUGGAACGCCGGGAACCGGAGCGUCUUUGCUGGCCCCAGCAGCGCGGCUGUUCCAAAGGGCGACCCCGGUCUUCCCGUUCCAUUUGGCGGGAUGGCCCCCACACCACUCGGUACUGGGCAACGUGCAGAGCCAAGUCCAGCAGACAAUGCAGGCCCAGCAUCAGGCUGCCGCGGCCGCUGUUAGGUUCCUUAGUCAUCACCAUCCCCACCACUCUCAUCCGGCCUUAGGUAGCCAUACGCUUGUGCCUGGAAUUAACUCGCACCAUCCUGCGGCUCAUCAUCUUCAUCACUCCGGUGAUCAUCCCGAUGACGAUGACGACAAAAAAGGAUGUGAUGCUGAGUCCGAUGAGGGUGGAAGCAAAAGAAGGAGGAGUCGAACAAAUUUCAAUAGUUGGCAAUUGGAAGAACUCGAACGUGCAUUCUUGUCGAGCCAUUAUCCAGACGUUUUUAUGCGUGAAGCGUUGGCUGUUAGACUCGACUUGAAGGAGAGUAGAGUUGCUGUAUGGUUUCAAAACCGGCGCGCCAAGUGGAGGAAAAAGGAGCACACGAAAAAAGGACCUGGCAGGCCGGCGCACAAUGCGCACCCACAGAGUUGUAGUGGUGAACCGAUCCCCCCGGAAGAGUUGAGAAGAAAAGAACGCGAGAGGCGACAAAAGAAACUCCUAAAGACUCUCGAACGUCAGCAGCGAAAACUUGCUGCCAAGGGUAUCACAGUGGAUUUAACAACACUGAGAGCCGAAUGGGAAUCUCGAAGCGCAGCAAACGCCAGCGGAAAUCCUCUAAGCAGUCAUUUGAGCGGUUCAUUCGGUCAUUUGGGCAGUUUAAACGACGGUAGCAGUGUAUCAGGCUCGGGGAAUGACGCUAAUGAAGAGAUCGACGUUGUCGGUGGAUUAGAUUCAUGCAGCGACACCGAAAGCGAGCGGAUGGACUCGGCAGCAGACGGCUCGAUUGAUGGGGAGAGCUAUCCGAGGCUGAGUGACCAGAACGAGCCAUCAGUAAUGAGAAUAACAACGGCAACGACACAUUCGUUAAACGAGCAUCAGCGGUCUAAUGGAUCACUUAAUCUCAAUCUAAAUCUGGACUUGAAUCAUCAGCAGGGAAUCCGUCACUGGGGCUUGAGUCUUCUCGAGCGACGGAGGGAAUUGGUCAGCUUGAGCGCCAAUGGUCUGAGCCGUUCCACGGAUAGCCCUCGCGGGUGUCUCAGCUUGUUAAGGGGCCAGGUCGUGGAUGUUACCAACGACGACGAAGUCCAGAGCGGCAGCAUUGAUCUCUCGGUCAAGGGUCGCGACGAACGACGGAGAUUGAACCCCUUUUCUAUAGACAGCUUACUUGGUAAUAAUAAUAAUAAUUUACGGUCAAGCACUUCUCCCCAGAAUCGCUCCUCAACUCCUUCUUCAACUUUGUCGAAUGGCAGACAGUCAACCUCCCCGACUUCCCCGGCUGUGUCUCUCACAACCUCACCCUCAACGACGUAGUCCCCUUCCGUCAAGUUGUAUAUAAUUAACUUUAACGUAUAAAUAAACAAGUGAUCAACGACAAAGAUUGGAGACUGAAUAAUUAUUAUUAUUAUCAAUAUUAUUAUUAGUUUUUAAUUCUUUUGGACUUUGCUGGUUGAUGGUUUAUAUGAAAAUACACUACGUGGGAUUAGUAGUUCUGGAUUUUUUUGGGAAAAGUAAUAUACACUGAAAAAAAAAAAAAAAAAUGUAUUCUUCUUAUCAAAAUACAUAGUAUAAAAUCUUUAUUUUGCUCAUAAUAAUACCGAGUUUAGUUACAAGAGUAAUACACUACAUACACUGGAAAAAAAAAUGAAUUUGAAUUAAGAAAAAAAUUCUGAAGAGUUUUAUUGUCUUUAAUCAAGACGGAAAAUUUAUUUGAUUAAGAAUUUUUCUACUCAAUUCAAAUCGAUCAACUUCUUUAAAAGUAUUUUCUUGAUUCAAGUUAAUAUUUUUUGUAGUGAUACCAUAUACUGAGGAAAACAAUACUUCUAUUAAGAAUUU